GAAAUGUUUGAAGCUCGGGUCCAUAAUUGUCCUAGACUCACGGAUUUGCAUCGAUUUCACUACCUCAAAGAUUCUCUUUCAGAUGAAGCGAAAAGGGAUAUACAACACCUUACUCUGAUAGAAUCUAAUUACAGUGUAGCUUGGCAAAUGUUGUUGAAAUUGUAUGAUAAUAAGCGAGUGUUGUUUCAGCAUUAUAUGCAGGUUCUCGAGCAACAGCCCAUGGUCCGUAACGACGACCCUGUGUCGCUAAAAGGGUUUUUGCAAACUUGUCGUUCAUGCAUUAAAUCGCUGGAGAAGGUGGGGGUGGAUCUCACCCAUCAGAGCCACAUUUUGGUAUACCUGAUGACGAAGAAGCUGCCAGCGCAGAUACGAUUGGAUUGGGAAAAAUCGAUAGCUCAAUCGCAAGAGUUACCAACUUUCGAGGAGCUGUCUACCCAGCUAGACGGUCAGUAUAGGACGAUGGUCACGACAGCCUCAGCUGACAGAGUGUUGUCAUCGAACAAGGAGAGUAAAGGCGCUGCUGGGUCCGGCGUAAAACGCAGGGAUGUUAAAUCUUCAUUUGUUGCCCGAUCGGUGGAUCAAUGCGCAGUCUGUGGAACUGAAGGUCAUUCCAUAGUCGACUGCAAGGUAUUUGGAGGCAUGAAUGUAACAGACCGGCGGGCAUCGGUGAUGAAGUAUCGCUUGUGUUUCAAUUGUUUGGGAAGCAACCAUCAGUCUCGCAGGUGCAGGCUAAAAAACAAUUGUUCGAUUUGCACAGACCGACACCACACUCUUGUCCAUGUGAAGCGUCAAGUAAGGGAUUCUGGGGAUCAGGUGCAACAGAUCACGUCGAAUGUCAUAAAUGGUGCGCCCGCUAUAGGAACGCAAAAAUAUGAGGUACUGCUGCCUACGGCGUUGGUCACCAUUGAGUCAUCAGAAGGCUUCCCGUUGCAAUUUAGGGCAUUCUUAGACCAAGGAUCGCAAGCUUCGUUUGUAUCGGAAAACGUAGCGCAAAGACUAGGAUUGUGUCGACAAAAGACACAUUUAAAGGUAAACGGGUUAUCCAAUGCGCGGAUUACGGAAGCAUCCUCUUCAGUUCUGUUGAAAAUCGGAUCACGGUUUGAACCGCAAGUGAAGUACAAUGUCACAGCGUAUGUUUUGCCGAAGAUCCCAAUUAUUUUGUACCCCAAGGAGUGGAUAUUUUGCUAGGUAGUGACAUAUAUGAUGAAUUGAUGUUGAGCGAGAUACAUCGUGGACCUGCAGGCACGCCUAUCGCGCAGAACACCCGUUUAGGGUUCAUUAUCUCAGGGAAGGUCCGGGAUUAUGCAACUAACGCAUUGGUACAUACGGUUCAGGUGGUCCAGGAUGAUUCAUCUGCGGAAUUGGAAGGGUUGCUCCGACGGUUUUGGGAGCUUGAGCAGUAUGAGCAAGAAUCUGGAGGAUUAUCGAAUGAAGAACAAUGGUGUGAGGAACAUUUUCUAGAAACAUACAAAAGGUUGUCGUAUGGGAAAUAUGUAGUGCGGCUCCCAUUGUUAUCGACAUUGGACCCUAGCGCAGUGAUUGGAGCGUCGUACCGGCCAGCUCUAAAAAGGUUGUGCCACCUGGACAAACGUUUACGGAAGGAUGCCAAGUUGAAGGAAAUAUAUUCCCAAACGAUCCGUGAAUAUUUGGAACUAGGCCAAAUGAAGAGGGCUUCCUCCCAGUGGAGCGAC